AUAAGCGGCGGGGGGGGUGAUGCCGGGAGCUGCCGGAGCCCCCCGAGCGGAGCCCGCCCGCCGCAGCCCCGGGGCCGCCGGUCCCAGAGGGGGCCGCGUCCCCUGGAAGCCUCCUGUGACCUCCUGAGGUGAAGCUCGGGCUCAAAGCCCCGGGGAGAGGCGGAGAAGGAUCUUUGCGGUGCUCCAGCAUCCCCGGGGCCCUCGCAGCGGGAGGGUUGGAAGAACGGAGGCUCCCGGCUCCAGCAUCCCGCGGUGGGAAAACUCCCGUGUUCCCGGCAGGGGAUGUGCCCGGGCUCACGGACAAACUGCUGCUGGGUUUAGACACCUCGGGAGGAGAAGAACCUCAUGACUUUGCUCAAACCAUGGCAGAAACCCCCGAAGGGGCCAAUCCUCAGUGCCUGGUGCUAAUUUGUGCCUGAAGCCACCAGACCUGCCCAGGACGAAUAAGAACCUCCUGGGACACGCACAGACUCUUAAUUUUCCUCAAUGAAAAUACUGAUGACACUCAACUGAAAACGUGUGCUGAUACUGCCCCUUGAAAACAGGGAAAGGAGCAUCCUGGGAGUUCCGGGAGAGGCACCAUUGCUCCCUGGGGGUCUCCUCCUGCCCGCUGAGGAUCUGUGGGGCACAGGAGCUUCUCAGAGCUGCUGGGCUCUGCUCCAUGACUAACACAGAGGACGCUGAGAGAACUAUGGACUCCCCUCCGGUGACCUCCAGCCCUGCACCAGGGCCUGUUACCUUCUCACAAGUUUUUGGGCAGCAGUGCCAGCUCAUGGAAGCAGCCGUUGAGUCGCUGCAUUCCUUGAACGACCAGAUCUCCCAUUUUAUUGUCAACAAGUCAAAAACGCUGGAUGAGGAGGAAGAAGCCUUUUUGCCCAGCGAGAAGGAAUCUCUGAAAAGUGCCAUGAUGCUGAUGAGGCACCUCCUGAUGGAUGCACAGGCCAAAAUCCUGCACAUGAUGGACGACAACAAGCAGCUGGCGCUGCGCAUCGACGGGGCGCUGCAGGCGGCGGGCCAGGAGGUGACGGCGCUGCGCGCCGAGCUGGCGGCCACCGGCCGGCGCCUGGCCGAGCUGGGCAGCGACCCGGCCAUGGAGCACGGCCCGCACGGCGCUCAAGCGCUGCUGCGGGAGGAGGUGGCCCAGCUGCAGGAGGAGGUCCACCUGCUCCGGCAAAUGAAGGAAAUGCUGACCAAGGACCUGGAGGAGACGCACGGCAGCAAGUCCCCGGAGGUGCUCUCGGCCACCGAGCUGAAGGUGCAGCUGGCGCAGAAGGAGCAGGAGCUGGCACGGGCCAAGGAGGCUCUGCAGGCCAUGAAAGCCGACCGCAAGCGCUUGAAGGGGGAGAAGACAGACCUGGUGAGCCAGAUGCAGCAGCUGUACGCCACGCUGGAGAGCCGGGAGGAGCAGCUCCGGGACUUCAUCCGGAACUACGAGCAGCACAGGAAAGAGAGCGAGGACGCAGUGAAGGCCCUGGCGAAGGAGAAGGACCUCCUGGAGCGGGAGAAGUGGGAGCUGCGGCGACAAGCCAAGGAGGCGACGGACCACGCCAGUGCCCUCCGCUCCCAGCUCGACCUGAAAGACAACCGCAUGAAGGAGCUGGAGGCCGAGCUGGCCAUGGCCAAGCAAUCCCUGGCCACGCUGACCAAGGACGUCCCCAAGCGCCAUUCCUUGGCCAUGCCGGGCGAGACGGUGCUGAACGGGAACCAGGAGUGGGUGAUGCAGGCUGACCUCCCGCUGACCGCCGCCAUCCGGCAGAGCCAGCAGACCCUCUACCACUCACACCCCCAGCACUCGGCAGACCGGCAAGCGGUCAGAGUGAGCCCCUGCCACUCCCGGCAGCCGUCCAUCAUCUCCGACGCCUCCGCGGCCGAGGGCGACCGGUCGUCCACGCCAAGCGACAUCAACUCCCCCCGGCAUCGAACACACUCGCUCUGCAACGGGGACAGUCCUGGACCGGUACAGAAGAACUUGCACAACCCAAUCGUACAGUCUCUAGAGGACCUGGAAGACCAAAAACGGAAAAAGAAGAAAGAGAAGAUGGGCUUUGGCUCCAUCUCCAGGGUGUUUGCCCGGGGAAAGCAGCGCAAGUCCCUCGACCCGGGGCUGUUCGACGGGACGGCCCCCGACUACUACAUCGAGGAGGACGCGGACUGGUGACCCCCCGUGCUGGGAGGGUGCCACUGUACAUAUCCCCCACCUGUGGACGUGUUACCUGUUGUCUUGGGAGCGAUGCAGCUGUGUCGUAACUUCAGUUUUCCCCCUUUUUUUUUUUUCCCGUGUUUUUUCAUUCUUUUUCCCAUUCGGUAACUCCUUUUGUUGUCGCUUCAGUUUGUCAGUUUUGGGGCUGUUUUUUGUUUUUGUUUUGGGUUCGGUGGUUUUUAUUUUUGUUGUUGUUCUUCUUCUUUUUCUCUUCUUCUUUUGACAAAACUUGAAACUUGAAGGACUGCUGUGUCUCUGUAAAUACCAGAAAUAUUGUGCACUUUGUGCUUGUGACGUCUCUUGUCCGAAACCCGCUGUUUUCCGGAGCCCAGCCCGCGGGAUGUCCUCGCCUGGGGACGAAGGACCUGCCCAGCUGAGGGACCUUAGAGGGAAAACACACAAAAACAACGACAACAACAACAACAAAAGAUCUCCUUCGCUGUGAUGUCUUCCUGGCCGAGCACCCGGGCUGGUUCUAACGCCUGCCGGUCUGGAAAUAAGUGUUUUAACGUUCCUUUUUAGUUGUUUUAAUUUAUUUGCACAAACCCAGAGGAGCUAUUCUAACUAAAUUAUUGCAGAAGUUUUGGGAUUUUUAUAUUUUUCCACGUCGGUUGGGAUGGGGUGGGAGGAGGAAGGGGGUGUUUGUACUGUAUUGUCCUGGGAAGCUGCUGUUGGGGAGGGGAAGGGGGGAACUGGGGGGUGUCGGAGCCGUGGAACCCCCCACCCUGGGCUCCCUCGGCUGCCCCAGGAGCACUUAAACGCCUUGGAAAACGCAAACCUAAAAUACGUGCCGGGAAAUCCGACGGGGGGGAAGCUGGUGGGAGCUUUGCCUGCUGUUUUUCCCUGCUUUUGGGGGGCUCACCCUUUGCUUCAAGUAAAAUUUAGGGGGAUCCGGCAUGAGCUGGGAGCAGGGGAAAGGUGAUAUCCCGAGGUAUCCCUUAUCCCAAGACGUUUCCCAGACAGGGCCGGCCACCCCGCUCCAGUUUGGGAUGUUACCGCCGCCAUGGGGGGGGGGGUGGGCACGGGGAAAUCGGUACGAAUUCCUGCCGGGGAGGUUUUUCUGGCCCUGGGGUGAUUUUGAAGCACGAGUGGAGCUUGUGCUUCCAAAAAAAUCCCUUGGAAAUGCCCCGAAACCACCUCCCCCAGCGCGGCGGCCGCUUCCCCCCUCCACUAACACGCGCCGCGCUCUGCUUAUGCCAAGAUAAGUACCUUAUGCUUUAAUGCUUAUGAUAUAAUUUUAAGCUCUUAAAAAAAAAAAAGUAUUAAGAUUUAUUUAAUGAACUAUAAUAGUGUAUUAUUUUUCUUAAUUCCGAUACGCGCGCCCUGGUUGAGAUAAAAAAGGGUGUUUUGUCUUAAAUCACCGAUGCCCUCGCGCUGUGUAUUCCUGCUCAUGGGAUGAUGCAGAGAGGCCAUGGAGGGGGUGUCAGAGGGACCAGCCCCCCCAGGCUCUCCUGGGGUGGCAGGGCAGGCUUUGUCCCGUGGCAUCUUUUCUCUGCAGAGAAGCAUUUUUAUACAUUUUGUUGUUUUUUUGGGGGGGUUUUUUGUUCUGUUGGUUUUUUGUUUGGUUGGUUUUUUUUUUUUUUGUUUUCCUUGCGUUUUUAUAAUUUAAACUCUAAACCACCAGAAGAGAUGAGCAAUCUCCUUGUUACCGAGUAGUUUCCUUUGCAUUUCAGCUUUUUUGUAAAUUAGGAAAUAAUUCUAAAAAUUACUAAGAGGAUGAUUUAUUUAAAAGAGAACUUCGCUAAAUAGCAUAUGGAUUAUGGGUAACAUUAGAUUUAACUUUUCCCCCCGUGAGCGGGGGAGAAUCCUUGAAGGCAUGGAUGCAAAUAUAAAAUUAUAAAAGAUCUAAAUAAAGCUUAUUUUAAAGUACA